AUGUCGGACGACAACUUGCCCAAGCCGGCGCAGACGCGCCGGCAGGUCAGCAGCCGCAUGAUGAAGACGUCCCGCCGCGGGCGGCCUUUCACCAAGGAUACGCACGACCUAUUCGCUACGCUGAUUGUGUCACUCGAGCUGCCGACGCAUCGCGUGUUGUUCAAGUCGUACCCAAACUCAUUUACGACCGACGAGGCGGCUGAGAACCUGGCCGCGCUCAAGUUCUCGCAGUCGAACCGUGUGCCGGACCCCAACGAACCGAACCGCGUCAUCACGACGACGACGACGACGACGUUUACCAUGAACCGUGAGAUGGCCAAAGGCAUCUGCCAGCACUUUAUGGACGCGCGCCUGAUCGAGAAUGCGCAGGACCCCUCCGGGACCGUCUUCAAGGACAAGGGCAUCUGGAUGCUCACGCCCAAGGGCCUGCACAUCCUCGAGCGCUUCAUCACCAAGAAUGGGAUCAACGGCGAACACCUGCUUAAGGUCUUCUCCUCGCAACCCAUCUGCAUGAAGCUCCUCCACCUCGAGCGCCACAGGCACGACGAUGAGCUAGUCAUCAACACCAUGGUCGUUGAGGUCAUCUUCCGUCGCUUUGUCGGGCGUCAGCCCAACUAUCCAUCCAAGUCGGCGAACGGGACCAACGCCGAGUUUGACCGCACGCUCGGUGUCGAGAUGAUGGACGUCGCUGAGCGCAGCAGGAACGGGCAGCUGCGCGCCAUCAAGCACACAUUUUCUGCAGUCACCGCGCUGGAGUGGCUCCUCGAUUUCUCGACGCUCGCGGGGCGCGACGAGGCCGGCGAGGUGUGCGCACACUUUGAGCGCCUCGACCUCAUCGAGCUUAUCGCGGACAAGCCUCGCAGCGCGCGCGAGGCCAGCAAGCCCGAUCCCAACAAUGUUGUCGUCCGUGGCGAAGACAUCGGCGGGAUGAUCAUAGAGGGCGAGUUCAGGUGCCACCCGAAGGCCAUCUACGGCAUGACCGCACGCGGGAGAGAGGUCGCGCGCUGGGAGGGCUACUACCGCCCGCCUCCCGAGCCCGCCGAGCAUCAUCUACGAGACACCCGCUCCAUCCCCUCAGAUUCGAUGCGGCAUCACCCCGGGCCAAGGAGCAUCAGUGGCGGCAACGAUGCUGCGACGGUGCACUCGGAUGCAGACUCAACGCGCUUCGGCUCUGAGAUGGGCUCACGGGCGGAACUGGCCGACCCUGGCGCAUCGGGCGGCAUAAGCGUCAGCAAGGACUCCAACGCGACGCGUCUGCGCCAGAUCCUCGAGGAGCCGGCGCUGCGCUCGCUCUUCCGCGAGUUCCUCAAGCGCAACUUUUGCGAGGAAAACCUCUCCUUCUGGCUCGACGUGCAGGACUUCAAGCGGCGCUUUCAUACCACCUCCAGCGCCGUCGCCAUGCGCUCUGUUCUGGCGGAGAGCAAGGCGAGCAGCUCAAGCAUGGCGACCAAAAUGGCGUCCAAGCUGCGCGGCGGCGGCAGUGACGUGAGCGAUGCCUCCAAUCCGUCCUGCAUGUCGGCCACGGAGCGCCACCAGCAAGACCUGAUCACGAUGACAUUUGUCAUCUACAAUACCUACCUUGCCCCUGGGUCGCCGUGUGAGCUGAACAUCGAGCACAACCUGCGCACCGAGCUCGUCACGUACGUCACCAAGAUCGUCUCGGAUGCAUCUGCAAACAACCCAAACAACGGCGGCAAGAACAGCAGUAGCGGUAGCCGGAACGUCACCUCGCCAACCGCGUCAGAUCUUUCCCUGGUCCCACACUCAGCUGCAGAACUCGAACUACCAGCCGGAAUGGCGAAUGGCGCCCAGGUCACCCCCACCUCUCUAGAGGACCGCAAGCAGCUGGCGGGCAGACCCAAGAUCCCGAUGCACGCGAGUCAAGUGCAGACUAUGGUCCGCCUGUACCAGCGCAUCCAGGACCACAUCUUCCGACUCAUGGCGACUGACUCGGUACCGCGCUUCAUCAAGGAUACCAGGUUCCUUAACCUCGUACGGAGCGUCGAGGAGUACAGCCGCGCGCUCGAAGCCGGGCACGUUGACCCACGCAUCAACGCAGGGCCGGGUGAGUCUUUGGAGGCAGGAAUGAAUUAG